UUUGACAGAUAUUUAUUUUCCUAACCUCAAAGCGUCCUUGAUUUUCUAAACUGCAUUUCAAAUUUAAAAAUUUUUAAUAAGUACCAAAGUAUAUUAUGUACCAAUAAGUACCAAAGCCGACCUAUGAAGCCGAUUAAAUUCUUUAAAGAAGGAACAACCCUGGGGUUUGUUUGGAUCCAUAAAUAUUAAGGAAAAAUGAAUUUGAGUUGUAUAAUAUGUAGUGAUUUAUUUGUACCAACUUCUGAUAUUUAUUCAACACCGUGUGGCCAUAUAUUUCAUUAUCACUGUUUGAUACAUUGGUUAGAUAAUUCUAAAACAUGUCCGCAAUGUAGAACUAAAACCACGACAAACUCCCUUUUGAGGCUAUAUAUAAAUGUGACGAGUUCAGAUAACUCUGAAGAUGCCACUGUACUGCAACAUAAGUUAGAUGGUGUGGAAUUCCAGAUGAGAUUAAAAGACAAAGACAUAAGCAAUCUUCAGGCAAAGAAAAAAGAAUUAAAUAAACAGAAUGUGGCCUUAAGAUCAGAAAUAAAAAGAUUGGAAUUAGAGGAAGUAACACACCAAUCAGCUAUAGCAGCCUUAAAAGAUCAAAUCAAAUUCUUCAAAACUAAAUCUCAAAAUUGUGAUUCAUUGAUCGAACAAGUUAGUCAGUUAAAAAAUAAGUUGAAAGAUUUGGAACACGUACAAGCAGCUGUAACUGCUAGCAGGAGCUAUGUUGAUGAUAUAAUUAGAAACGAAAACUCAAUGGAGUCUUUGGCUUUGCUGGCAGCAACUUUAAAGAAAUCGCUUGUAGAGACUGACAGAAAGAAACGACAGUUACAAUUUCAAGUUAAACAAAUUCAAACUGAUUUUACCAGGUAUAAGAAAGAUAUGGAAGAGAAAAAAUGUGAAUAUGAAUCUUUAAAAAGGGAAUUAGAAGCUUUAAAGUUAAAUUAUGAGAGGGAAGUUAAUUUCUUAAAAAAUAAAUUUACCCAGCUGGAAGAAAAAAUGUCUAGAAAUAAUUUAAAUGAUUCUGUAAAUACUAGUAUUAGAAGAAUUGUAAGUGAGAGUCCGGUAAAUUGUCAUAGAACACCACCAGUGCCUGUUACUGAGCCAAAAGAUAGAGAUAUAAGAGAAGUAUCAUUUAUUUCAUCACAUCCAGAACAAAAAAGUUCCCGUACGAUAAGACAUGUAGAGCUGGUGAAUCCUCCUAAUGAUUCACCUCUACCUGCCCGAAGUUUAGCACCUUUUGGAGUUCAAAGAACUAAGCCAUUAGUACCAAAUUCUCACGAAAAUAAGUUCUCAAUUUUUAAAAAUAAAUCUACAUCACAACUAGAACCCUUACAAAUGGAGCGCAAACUAAAUGACUGUAUGUGUUAUAAUGGUUUGGGUAGUUCUAGUAAAGAAGAUAUAUUUCCUAGUCCUAGAAAAAUCUCUUCCGGCUUUAAACGUACCAAAACCAAUAAAUUACCUUCUUCCACAAAGUUGAGGAAACUCUCUGCUGAUGCUGGCAAACUUAAUAAAAAAAUGUCUGAUUAUUUUUAAACUGUAUUUUAAACUUGUAUAUAUUAAUUAAUAUUAAAAGGUUUUUUUUCAAUGAC